AAAAUUUUUUUCUUUAGUAACCCCCCAUAUUUGCGAAACAAGGCUUCUCAACAAAGUCAGUACGACCAACUGCAGCUGUAAAGUGUGAGAGCUCAUGCAGCAGAAGGAUAUCCACAGCUCAGUCAUCCAAUAACACCAUAAUGAGCGGACAAGAACCCAAUAGCCAGUCCGAAGUCACCAAGCAUGAUACGGGUUGGCGGAGAGUAGUUCGCCAUUUCACUCCAUCUUGGUUUUCGGUUACCAUGGGCACAGGCAUUGUGUCUAUUCUACUCAAUACCCUUCCCUACAAUGGCCAGUGGCUAUACUGGAUCUCUGUUGUCUGUUUUGCUUUUAAUGUCCUCCUCUUUGCCAUAGGGUGUAUCAUCACCUUCCUUCGCUAUACCCUAUAUCCGGAAAUCUUCUUCGCCAUGAUCAAGCAUCCAGUCCAGUCCAUGUUCAUAGGAACAUUUCCGAUGGGAUUCGCGACUAUCAUCAACAUGUUCUGCUUCGUCUGUGUUCCAGCCUGGGGUGACUGGACGCGCAACUUUGCCUGGGGCUUGUGGAUCUUUGACGCAAUCUUUUCAGUCAUCACUGCCCUCUCUCUACCCUUCUUACUAAUGGCCCAUGGAAGCGAAAUGCAACUCUCAUCCAUGACAGCUGUCUGGCUUCUUCCCAUCGUCAGCUGCAUUGUCGCAGCUUCGUCAGGGGCCAUCGUAGCGGAUGUUCUCCCCGAUCCACAGCACGCUCUCUGGACCGUGCUCGUGAGCUACGUUCUCUGGGGCAUCGGAUUACCUCUUGCACUAAUGGUGAUGGUGAUCUACCUACAGCGACUGACUCUGCACAAGUUGCCUCCUAAAGCGGUGAUUGUGAGCGUGUUCCUCCCCCUGGGCCCACUUGGUCAGGGCGGCUUCGGUAUAAUGAAAUUGGGCCAAGCAGCGCAGGAAAUCUUCCCCAAAACACAGACCCUCGAGGCUGCAUCUGGUCCGAUCUUCUAUACCAUGGGGUUCAUGAUCGCUCUGAUUCUCUGGUCCUUUGGACUCGUCUGGCUAUUUUUUGCCUUAGCAUCCAUUGCGAGGAGUAAGAGCUUCCCAUUUAAUAUUGGAUGGUGGGGAUUCACGUUCCCUUUGGGGGUGUACGCCACGAGCACGUGCCAGAUGGGCAAGGAGCUGCCGUCGGAGUUUUUCCGGGUGUUGGGAACGAUCCUCUCGCUUUGUGUGGUGGUUCUAUGGAUUGUGGUGAGUAUUGGGACAUUGCGGGGAGUCGUGUCAGGCCGGUUGUUCUUUGCGCCAUGUUUGGGGGACUUGAAGGCACGGGAGGACGAGAAUAAAGAUGGAACAAAGGAAGCCUGAUUUUAAUGAAGGGUUUACUUGUUGCUCGAAGGGGAAAAGUUCUAGAAUGGAUGUAAUCUUAAGUGUUUCAGACGUGCACAUCUUCUGAACACGGGCAAACUAUAAUGAUACCGUAACAGGUCAAUCCAAAAAGGAAAGCGAGAUUUGGAUGGAAUGGGGGAAUGAUACUAAUACAAGGCUAUGAGAUACCAGUACUUUUAAACACCUAGGUACUAAAAUCAAUACACCCAGGGAAGAGACAGUCUGGGGACACUCGAAUGAGUGUGGAACGUCACAGAGGAAGCAUCAAAAAAUGCAACAGCAACCCAGAUCUAUCCGGAAUCAUCGACUAAAAGUAAGCUUAAACAUCAAGGGCAAAUUAUCAUAGGUGGAAUGCGGUUUUUAGCUGUCG